AUGUCAUGUGGAAGCAUUAGUUCUCUGUAUCUUGGUGGAUAUCAUCCUCGUAUAGAAUAUGGAGUUGUUUCUCGUGAAGUUUACGGCUCUCGCUAUGAUCAGUGCAGUUACUACAGAUCUGAACCAAUCCAAGUUAAAGCUUGUCCUGGAGAUUAUUAUGUCUACAAAUUAACCAGACCAACUCUUUUAAUCCCAUUACCAGUAUAUUGUGCAGUACCUUUCACCACCCCAAGUGUUGACCCCUGCUAUAACUACACCAGUCUGGAUGAGCCUUGGAGAGCCACUGACUAUUCUAAUAAUAUCUCUUACUACAAUAUCGUGUGUGAUAAUAAUGUGGAGUGGAAUGGCUGGUACAGGAUGUUCUACAAUGGUCAAAAUGCCCAGAUGCCAGAAUCAUGUGUUAGUUAUGGCAUGUGUGGCACUGUUUACCCAAUGUCACUCAACGGCCCUCACCCACAGCUGGAAGAUGGAGUGGUCCUCCGUCAGAUCUGUACUUCUGUAUGGAGUGGCUGCUGUGAUUUAUCAUCCCACCCUAUAAGAGUCAAAGCCUGUCCUGGAAAUUACUAUGUUUAUGAGUUUGUCAAGCCAAUGUUUUGUGGAGCUUACUGUGUAGGACCAGCAGUAUUUUAUCCAUUCGGCUCAGCAGCUGGAGACACAAUAAAUGCUGCUGUUGAUGAUGGAAACUCCUCAGUUAUUCAGCUGUUGAGUCCAUUUCUGUUCUUUGGCCGCACAUACCAGCAGAUUUAUGUUAAUAAUAAUGGACACCUCACAUUCAACCAGUCUUCAUCAGCAUUUGUCCCCUACUCAUUCCCCGCUAGAGGAAGCCAAGAUAUAAUUGCAGGUCUCUGGACUAAUCUUGACAACCGUCAGAGAGGUGUAGUUUCAUAUCAACAGUUCACCAGUGGAAAUGUUCUUACACGGGCCACUCGGGAUAUAAACACACAUUUCCCAAAUCUGACCUUCACCGCCUCUUGGGUCUUUGUUGCAACAUGGGAUAAAGUCGCUUACUUCAACUUAAACAACACAGAAACAUCGUUUCAAGUGGUAUUAAUUUCAGGCGGUGAUUUUUCAUUUAUUCUGAUGAAUUAUGGUGACAUUGCUGUAACGGGACAUCCAGUGCAGGCUGGUUAUGACACGAUAAACUCCACACACUACUUUGUGAUUCCUGGAUCGAUCAAUGGCAGCUUCAUCUCAAACCUCAGGAACUCCAGUAAUGUUGAUGUUCCCGGUCGAUGGGUCUUCAGGGUGGACGGUGGACCAGGAAACAGCAUCUUGAACAACAAUGUCGUUGGAUUACGAGUGAGACUUUCCUCAUUUUUAGACCUGACACAGAUCAGCACUGAAAUAGUUUUACAGCAAGUCAAGCAGGAGCUGGUCAAAUACGGUCUGCCAAACAACAUCGAACUGAAGUUAAGAAAACUGCAAAAGAUAAAGCCAUAAUUUCCUUCUCCUUCAGGAAGAGAAGUAAAACCAGCUCGUUUAGCAUCUGACAACUAAUAUCCCUGAUGACUGAUGAUGUAAAAGCUUCAGUUUUUCAUUAAGGUGGUUAACAAAGGAUUCAGACCGGGAUAAAAGUAUGAUAAAAGAGGUCCAUUAGAUCCUUUUUUUUUUCCUUUUUCUCUUUUCUUUCCAUAUCAAUCAUGUUUUGUGUAUCAGUUUAAACUUUACUGUAAGUAAAAAUCUUUGUCUCAUUCACCUUCAUUAGAACAUCACUUAUAAGGAUUCAAUAAUUAAAUUGAAAUAAUAUAGAUUUAAUUUGAAUGCAAUGUACAUCGCUUUGAAUUAAAGAAUCUGCCAAAUGCCUA